GCUUGAGAAAAGGGAAGUGCGAUUUCAACCCUCAGCAUAAUUUCAUCUAUCUCACUCGCCCUGCCCCCUCUCUUUCUACGAUUGAUUGUUCGCGUUAGUUGAUUCGAGGUCACGAUGCCAAAGCAGCAAGCAAAUUGGUCUCCCUACGACAACAAUGGAGGGACCUGUGUCGCGAUUGCCGGAGCUGAUUACUGUGUGAUUGCGGCUGAUACUAGAAUGUCCACCGGCUACAGUAUCCUUACCCGCGAUUACUCCAAAAUUAUUCAGCUAGCGGACAAAUCUGUGAUGGCCUCCUCAGGUUUUCAGGCUGAUGUAAGAGCACUACAAAAGGUCUUAGCAGCUAGACACUUGCUUUAUCAACACCAGCACAACAAGCAAAUGAGCUGCCCUGCAAUGGCCCAGUUGCUUUCAAACACCCUCUACUUCAAGCGUUUCUUCCCAUACUAUUCUUUCAAUGUCUUGGGUGGCCUUGACAGUGAGGGAAAGGGCUGUGUCUUCACAUAUGAUGCUGUUGGAUCUUACGAACGAGUGGGAUACAGUGCCCAAGGUUCUGGUGCAACUCUUAUCACACCCUUCUUGGACAACCAACUGAAAUCUCCAAGCCCUCUUUUGUUGCCUGCAAAGGACGCAGUGACUCCACUUUCAGAGAUAGAAGCCAUCGACUUGGUGAAAACCUGUUUUGCAUCAGCAACCGAAAGAGAUAUAUAUACAGGAGACAAAGUGGAGAUGCUCGUAUUGAAUGCUAGUGGUAUCCGUCAAGAGUUCAUGGAACUCAGGAAAGAUUAGAUCCAUUCCCUGUUUGUUGUGCUCCAGCUUUCCCAGAAACCAGAGAUAGUGUACGAGGAUGGGCACUUGGGCUUACUGGGGCACCACCAGUUUCCUCAUUUCACCACCAUUCACAUGGAGAUUCUCUGCUUGUAUUUCGAUCUUAGUUUGUGGCAAAUAUAUGGAUCGCGGGUUGGUAACCGUAGUAGUUCUGGAAGAAUUUUAAUUAUAUGAAACUUAAAUGAAACCAGUUUGUUCGAAACAUGGAUAUUUCUUGAUAUUCUACAUCUUUCUCACUUCAAUCA